AUGGGUCACGUGGAAGCCAAGCCCCUCGACCCGCUCAAUGAGGGCGGCCGGGGGCGAGGCCCCACCCGUAAGGACCUCGACAAGGGCGGGCGUUCGACGGGGCACGUCUUCCAGCAGGAUGUUGAAGACGACCGGGGCGCAACACAUGUGGGUGACCUUGUGGAGAGAGAUGUUCUCGUGAAUUUCGUUGGCGGUGGUGCUGCGGAUACAGACGUUGGUGCCUCCGCGGGCUGCCACACCCCAGGUGAAGGUCCAACCAUUGCAGUGGAACAUGGGAAGGGACCACAGGUAGACUGGCUCCGGCCCCAUCCCCCAUCCGAUGAUCAGGCUGAGUGUGCUGAGGUAGGCGCCACGGUGACUAUACACCGCACCCUUGGGCUCGGACGACGUGGUCCCCGAUGUGUAGUUGAGGGCGAUUGGGUCCCACUCAUCCGACACCUCCUCAGGGCCAUAGGACGGGUCGCCUCGACGAAUGAGGUCCUCGUACUUGAAGGAGCCGUGGCGGGUGCCCGUCGGGGAGAGCAUGUCGUCGACGACGACCACCAGUGGCAUGGUGGCGUUACCGUCCGUCAGAAGGCGGAGGGCGUCGCGGGCCACGGGGAUGUAUUGCUGGUCGAUGAAGAAAAACUUGGCUUCCGAGUGACGGAGGAUGGUGGCUAUGCUGCGGGCGUCAAGCCUCGUGUUUAUGGCGUUGAGGACGGCUGUCGCCAUUGGCACCGCGAAAUGCAUCUCAUACAGGGCCGGGAUACCAAAGAUAACAUUGCCAACAAUUAUGCUACGCACCACGUCAUUCUUGGCGAUGUUGAGGGACUUGAGAGCGGCGGCAAGGCGACAGCACCUUUCGUAAGUCUGCCGCCAAGUGAAAGAGAGGCGGCCAUAGAUUAUGGACUUACGGUCAGAGUAAACGACGGCGGCCCUUUUCAAGAAAGUCAAGGGAGUCAGGGCCACGGAGUUAUACUAGAUUGA